AUGGCCAACAACCCUAGUGAAUUGAUUAAAACAGAACAUCUCCUGCCGAUCCUCAAUGGAAAGAAUUACCCCUCAUGGUACGGUCGAACAAAGGUUCAACUACGAGGCAAAGACCUCUGGUCAGUCUGUAUCACUCCUCCUGCCGAACCCUCCACCUUGGCUAUCUCAGCUGCUCCCAUAAGCACCACCUCAAGCGAUCACACGAUCUCCAUCAUUGUUCCUCGACUCAGUCAACGCUGCUACAAUGAAUGUGUGAACAAUACCACCAGUGACAGUGCAUACUUGCUUUGGAAGAAGAUUGCCUACCAAUACACAUCAAGAACGGUCAUCAACCAGGGACAAGUAUACAUGACUUGGUCCGCUCUCGUCUAUAAGGGUGAUCUUCAAGACUAUAUCGAUGACACCAGAGCCUGCUUAAUCGACAUUGAUGCAGUUGGUAUCAAUGUUCUACUCAAAGUCAUUGCUUACCUUAUCCUUGGCAAAAUAAUGAAUCAAGAUUUAGAUCAGAUCAUUGACAAAUUAGCUCUUGAUGAGAAAGUAAAUUCCAAUCCUUACAUGGUGUUAAAUGAGCUUCACCCGUAA